AUGGAGAAGCCGCUCAAAUCAAGCGACAAUAACGUUGGCGCUGUCGACCAUGGCACUCUCCCCAUUGUAAGACGGAAGGCAGCCGGUUUCGACGAAGCCGUGUGGGGCCGAGUAUACAAUGCCCGCCGCGACACCAGCCGAGUCCCUCGAGCAGUCAUUCGGGCAUCAAGCAUCACCCAUGCACGAGAAGCAGUCGAAUUGGCCAACCGAGAAGGCUGUCGUGUGUCGGUACGAAGCGGUGGUCACAGCUGGGCUGGGUGGAGUGUUCGCCAUGAUGCGGUGCUGCUGGACCUGGGUGGCCUCCAGGAGAUAACCUAUGAUGACACGAGCUGGGGCAGGAUGUUCGCUGGUGGACACUGUCCUGAUGUUGGACUGGGAGGCUUUUUGCUGCAAGGAGGGAUGGGUUGGAAUUGCAAAGGCUGGGGUUGGGCCUGUGAGUCUAUCGUCGGAAUCAAUGUUGUAACAGCGGAUGCUAGGGAGCUUUACUGCAGCGCUGUCGAGAACGCAGACCUGUUCUGGGCUGCACGAGGCGCCGGUCCAGGUUUUCCCGCCGUGGUUACCAAGUUUCAUCUCCUGACAAGGCCAUUGCUGGAGAUGUAUAACUGCAUAUACGUAUAUCCUCAGUCCAUGUACCGGACCGUCCUACAAUGGGUGAUUGAUACAAGUCCAACAGCGGAUACAGACACAGAGAUGGUAUGCGUCUCUAGGCGGUCUCCAGAUGAGAAGGAGAUCCAGAUCAUCGCCGGCUACACGACCUUCAAGCCGAGCAAGAAGCACGCAGAGGAAGCUCUACAAGCUGUGCAUGACAGCAAACCACCGAACGCCAUCGUAGAGAUUUUCUGCGACCCAACGACCCUGGAUGUCGAAUACCGUGGGCAGAUUGACGCCCAGCCCCGCGGCUUCCGCUUCUGCAGCGAGAACGCGUACAUCGCCAACGACGCAGACGUACCAUCGGUGCUCGAGGCGGCAUUCACGACGCUGCCGACACAGAAGGCAUUCGCGCUCUACUUCGCCAUGAACCCGACGUCGCGUCGGCCAUUGCCGGACAUGGCGCUGAGCAUGCAGUCGGACCACUACUUUGCCCUGUACACGGUCUGGGACGAUGCGGCAGACGACGAGCGCUGCACGGCGUGGGUGCACGACAUGAUGCGCAAAGUGGAGCGCGAGAGCGUUGGCAGUUACUUGGGCGAUGCGGACUUCCAGCAUCGCACAACCAGAUUCUGGAGCAAAGAGAGCGGCCAGCGGUUGAUGGAGAUCAGGAAAAGAUGGGAUCCUGAGGGAAGGAUCUGCGGAUACCUGGAUGCUGAGGACAAGAGUGGUGUGGACGGGCUGAAGAAUGAGUUUGAAUGGGAAAUGCCAGAUCGGUGA